GCGGCAGAUCCUCUCCCACCGGGGAGCUCUUCUCCGGGCGCGGCCGAAAGGGCCCGGCCAGGCUGGGGCGUGGGGCGCGGCCGGGCCCUGCCCGCCAGUCCAGCACCUCGGCCGCCUCCGCGUUCGGUGGCGCCCAUGCUGGGCUCCCCAUGACGCGAGGUCGCCCGGCGGACAGCGUGGCAUGAGCCAGGAGCCCGGGCCGAGAGCGUGCAAGGAAGAUGUCGAGCCCGGGUGUUGACGGUGACCCCAAGCCUCCAUGCUUGCCUCGAAAUGGCCUGGUGAAGCUGCCUGGUCAGCCCAAUGGCCUAGGUGCAGCCAGCAUCACCAAGGGCACACCAGCUGCCAAGAACCGCCCCUGCCAGCCACCACCCCCAUCUACCCUCCCACCUCCCAGCCUGGCUACCCCACUGUCCCGGGCUACUCUGGCUGGGGCCCCAUGCCCCCCAGCAGUUGGACCAGCCUCGGGCCCGGCACCUGGACCCCCAGCGGAACGGCCACCACUGGCCACAGACGAGAAGAUCCUCAAUGGCCUCUUCUGGUACUUCUCGGCAUGUGAAAAGUGUGUGCUAGCCCAGGUGUGCAAGGCCUGGCGGCGUGUGCUUUACCAGCCCAAGUUCUGGGCAGGCCUCACACCUGUGCUGCAUGCUAAAGAGCUGUACAAUGUGCUGCCUGGAGGAGAGAAGGAGUUUGUGAACCUUCAGGGCUUUGCUGCUCGAGGCUUUGAAGGCUUCUGCCUAGUUGGUGUUUCUGACCUGGAUAUCUGUGAGUUCAUUGACAACUAUGCGCUGUCCAAGAAGGGGGUCAAGGCCAUGAGUCUCAAGCGCUCCACCAUCACCGACGCUGGCCUAGAGGUGAUGUUGGAGCAGAUGCAGGGAGUGGUGCGCCUGGAGCUGUCAGGCUGCAACGACUUCACCGAGGCAGGACUGUGGUCCAGCCUCAGUGCACGCAUCACCUCGCUGAGUGUGAGCGACUGCAUCAACGUGGCAGACGACGCCAUCGCAGCCAUCUCACAGCUGCUGCCCAACCUGGCAGAGCUAAGCCUGCAGGCCUACCAUGUGACGGACACAGCGCUGGCCUACUUCACGGCUCGCCAGGGCCACAGCACACAUACACUUCGCCUGCUCUCUUGCUGGGAGAUCACCAACCACGGCGUGGUCAACGUGGUGCACAGCCUGCCCAACCUCACCGCACUCAGCCUCUCGGGCUGCUCCAAGGUCACUGACGACGGCGUCGAACUCGUAGCCGAGAACCUGCGCAAGUUGCGUAGCCUCGACCUUUCGUGGUGCCCUCGUAUCACCGACAUGGCGCUUGAGUACGUGGCCUGCGACCUGCACCGCCUGGAGGAGCUCGUACUGGACAGGUGUGUACGCAUCACGGACACUGGCCUCAGCUAUUUGUCCACCAUGUCGUCCCUCCGCAGCCUCUACCUGCGAUGGUGCUGCCAGGUGCAGGACUUCGGGCUGAAGCACCUCUUGGCCAUGAGGAGUUUGCGUCUCCUGUCCCUGGCAGGCUGCCCGCUGCUGACCACCACGGGGCUGUCCGGCCUGGUGCAGCUGCAGGAGCUGGAGGAGCUGGAGCUGACCAACUGCCCCGGGGCCACUCCCGAGCUCUUCAAGUACUUCUCGCAGCACCUGCCCCGCUGCCUCGUCAUCGAGUAGCGCGGGGCUCCCUGUCCCGGCCGCGGGAACCAGCCACGCUCUGCGCGGGGCGCCGCUGAGCCCCUCUUCCGACCCUGCGGGAGCCCCGCGCGCCCAGGCCCCGCGCAGGAGGCUGGGCGAGCCGAGGGAAGCCCCGCCCCGUGCA